UAAUAUGUGUUAAAAUCGUUAAAACAAUUAAUUUCAUUUUGUAAAAAAAAAAAAAAAAAAAAAAGUGUUGAUCUGUAAAAUGGACAAGCUUAACAUCAUGUCUAAGUUUUCAUUCUGUAAAUGUUUUCUUUUCCCAGUUUGCAAGAACGAAACAAAAACAUCAUGUCUAAGUUUAGAGCCCAAAAUAUUCAUAAGGCCAAUUAUAAUGGACUCAAAAUGGGCUCGAAACCUCCAGAAUUAGACUUCCCCAUAAAUUGGGGAAAGAGACACGGAAAAAAGAAAAAGAAAUAUACAAACUGUCUCAGUCUCUCAACGGUCCAUUUCAAUUUUGAUUUUGAAAUCAGAAAACAAAAAAAAGAAAAAUCUGUUGUACAGUAGCAGAACGAUCACUGAUGGCCAUGGUGGUAGAUGUAGAUACAAAAGGAGGAGAAUUAGGGUUUCCGUACUGGACACCAAUUCGUCGACGUUUUGGCCCUGAAUCUCCUUUCUUUGCUUAUGGCAACAUCGAAAGAGAGCUUCUUGCCAAACAGAUUGCAUUGGAUUUAACUGAAGAUGAGAAACCUCAAUUGCAGAAUUUGAUAGAUGAGGAUGAUAGGGAGGUUUCCUGUCCCAUUGUUGGAUGCGGCGCACACUUGACAUCUUUGGAAGAUUUUGAAGAUCACUACAAUGCGCGACACACUGCAUCCUGUUCAGUCUGCUCUAGAGUGUACCCAACUUCGCGAUUGUUGGGCAUACAUGUAUCUGAAGCACAUGAUUCAUUUUUCCAGGCUAAAGUUGCACGUGGUUACCCCAUGUAUGAAUGCCUGGUGGAGGGAUGUGGUCUUAAAUUGAUUAACUACAAGAGUAGGCAACAGCACUUGGUGGACAAGCAUAAAUUCCCCAGUGCAUUUGAAUUCUUUAAGAAAGCCCAUCCAUCCAAGAAAGCAAGACAGAAGCACAAGCAUCAAAGAGUGAUCCCAAAGGAGGAGGCUCCGAGCAAAAUGGAAGUAGAAGGUGAAACCAUCGAUGGCCUCGUUUCAGCAGUCUCUAGACUAAGUACUUCAGAUUCAUCUCCUUCAUCUAUUAGCUUUGGUCGCCGCCACAAUCGUGGGCUCACAUUUGUCCCUCGAGCUGUUCAGCAAGGAAACAGCAAACAAACUGGAACAAGGAGAUAGCCGCCUCAUAUGUAAAUAACUUGCCUGCUUCCACCAACAACAUCAAUGGGUUCUCUUAAGUAACUAAGAAUCUGAUUACAACAGAGAUGUAGGAGAUGUCUAAAAUUUCACUUGCAUGAUUGCGCGAAGUCAAUCGAUGGGGACAAGUCAGCUGACUGCUAAAUUUAUUUAUUUAUUUUUUAAAACAGGAAGUUUUCUGCUUGUUGUUUGCGGUAGUAGCAUUACUUCAUCCAGGCAUUCGUGAUAUUUGUUCCGCAGAAUGAUAUUUCACUUGUGGAGUUGAAAUGAAUAUGGAAAGUUUGCUUCGAGGAAAAGCAGCAAUUGGUGGUUAAACAAACAUCAAUGUUAUAAAAUUGAUUUGAUUCUUGUGCAGCAAACCGAGACACAAACAAGAUAAUUUUCUCUUCUUUUUA